GUGUACGCAAAACUGUUGGACAUAUGGACCACGAAAUAAAGUAAAAUCAAUCAAGUCAGAUGCCGUGUAUUUUAUUGGCGGAAAUAAAACGCCAAAAAUUUGUGAUGUCCCUCUCGUCCAAAGUCGUUGGUCGGUACGAGAUAAUCCGUAGUCUUCGAACUAACCACUUUGACAUAGCUGGUUGUGUAUGUACGAAAACCUGGUGGUGGUGUGAGUGCUGAGGAGUGUUGUUUUCAAAUAAGUGCAUUGUUGAUGUAGGGUGAUGGUUGUGAAAGUGGUUCAUUUUAUUGAAAAGAGGAAUCAAGAGUUUUUGGCGCCACAUAACUUUACAAUGAUAAGACGAAGUUUAACUGCUAUUUGUAGCGUGUAGAGUUGAUGGAAGUACGUGUUACUUGUAGAAUGAUUAUUACAUUUCAUGUAGCUCUGCUUGAACUGUGGAAUGUUGUAAAAAAGUGUCUGGAUAUAGGUAAGCACGAAAUUGCGGACACUGUGAUUUAUGCCGGUGUAUCGAGAUAUAGUGUACAUGGUGUUGAAUUCUAUCCACCUGUGAAUGUUCAGAGACAGGAAGCUGUGUAUCAAAUUAUCAGUGACUUCAGUUCCCGUGCGAGUGUUAAAAAAAUUGUUGAUUUCGGCUGUGGUCGCUUUCAGUACUUCAAAUUGUUUAAGAACAUAAUUGGUAUAGAGGAAAUUUUGGAAAUCGAUGUGAAUGAAGAAAUGUUGUACCAUGAGCACUCUCGUAUUGCUCCUACUGCAAGUGACUUUCUGACACGGCGCAAAGUGGACUGUAAAGUGCAAGUUCUGCAAGGAAGUAUUUCAGACUUGGAUUGUCGCUUGUUGGGAACAGAUAUCUUCGUUUGUAUUGAAGUUAUUGAGCAUUUGUUUCCUGAAACUCUUGAAAGUGUGCCGUAUACAGUAUUUGGUUUUAUGAAGCCUCAAAUCGCCAUCUUCAGUACACCUAAUAGGGAUAUCAAUAUUCUGUUCGAUAUGCGGACACCUUUUAGAGAUGAAGAUCACAAGUUUGAAUGGAGUCGAAUGCAGUUUAAGUGCUGGGGGAAUAACAUUGUUCAAAGGUAUCCAGAAUAUGAAGUAAGUUAUUACGGUAUUGGCAAAGGUCCAGAAGGAGCAGAAUCGCUGGGAUGUUGUUCCCAACUGGCAUUAUUUAGCAAGAAACUUGAAACAACAUACCCUGGUCUUGAAAGACCUGAGGGGCAGCUUAUAUACAAAUUAAUUGCCGAGUAUAACUACCUUGCUAACAGUCACGAUGAGGAAGGCAAAAGUGUUUUAGAUGAAGUUUGGGAAAUAAUACAACAUAUGAAUUUGUCCAAUGACUAUUAUGAUGCCGACCUGUGUGUGCCACUGUCGCUUCUGCAUUCCAAACUUAAAUCAAACACACUCACCAUUUCGGAGUUAAGAGAGGUCUUAGAAAAUGGAAUGUGGAAAGUGAGGGAUUGCUCAGGAGAGACAUACGUUUUUCCAUAUGCUGAAAAUAAUAAUGACUCUGAUGACUUUGAAGAUGACCAAUAUGCAGAUGAAAGUGGCCUUUCAGUCGUUGUAGAACAGACUGAAGGCUACGAGAGUAGUUGGGAGCAAUGUGUUCCAGAAGAAGAACAAUGGUCUGUAGAGGAUGAGGCAAGUGUGAAUGAAAUAUCUUAGUGGCAGGUGUUGGUAAUGGAGCACUGUAUAAAAACUUAAGCCCCACAUCACUAACUUCUGAAGAAUUACAAUUAUUUUUCAGUUAGUUGUGUAUCAUCGUCAUCAUUUGUAAAUAAUGCUUUUUUGUUAUAUUAAAUAUUGUGUGUUAA